ACGAAUGCAUCCAGUCUUUUGUAUUAAGAUGUUACAUUUAAGUUAAACAUCGGCGUUUACAUCAGCAUCAUGUUAUCUUGGUGUUUUGAAUAAUGAUCUCAGCGUUAUUUUGCAUGAGAGGCGCUCCAGUGGUCUUCGAUGGACAGAUGAAGUCCACUGAGCUGCAUGGCCGCUAUUACUUCACCAUACAUCUUAUUACACAAUUGGCACACAGUGGAACUAUAUGGACGCAGUGGAACGAUAUUAUUACUCGUAAAGAUAUAUUGCAAAAAGAAAAGAAAAAUAUGUAAUGAUUAAUAAGUAAACAUAAAAGGCUUAGUGAUCGCCACAAGAAGAGCACUCCAUCGAUGAAGAAUCAUUGUGUCCUGUGCUGCUGUCCCCACUGAACCUCCAACCCCGUCUCUCCUCUGAAGGGCUCUCUGUCUGAGCCUCUCGGAAAGAGGGAGAGACGCUGCUUUUGAUGCUAUUGCUCGAGCAAGACGCUAAACCGAGCGCAAGCGUGAAACCGACACGAGAUGCGCUGCAAACUCUGUGGAUUCGGAGGAAACGAGCUGAGCUGUGAACGAGAAGAUGACAGUGAUGAUGGAGAGGAUCGGGGAGACUCGGCUUUACUUUGUGAAAUGGAUUUGUCUACGCUGGGCUUGGGUUUGUGUGGCUGCCUGUGGUGGGAAAGUGGAGUUACACACCGAGAGGAGAGGAGUGAUCUACAGCCCAUCAUGGCCCCUCAACUAUCCGCCCGGAGUGAACUGCAGCUGGAAUAUACAGGGAAGCCGCGGAGAUGUGAUCACAAUCAGAGGUCGACUGGGUCAGAGUAGUUGUGAGAACGAUGAAUAUUUAUGUGGAAAUGGUAAGUGCAUUCCACGUUCCUGGCGCUGUAACGGAUUGGAUGAGUGUGGAGACAAUACAGACGAAAGGAGCUGUGCUGCCCAACCAACACCUGCCCGGGUCAGUCUGUGUCCGCCUGGUACCUUGCAGUGCUCUGAUAUCCAAUCUACCCGCUGUCUGCCGGUGUCUCUGCGCUGUAAUGGAGCCCGGGACUGUCCUGACGGAUCCGACGAGGCCCACUGUCCCGACACGUCCUGUGGAAAACGCUUAGUCAACUUCUAUGGGACGUUUGCCUCACCUGAUUUUUUCCGUCCAAAUAGGAGCGCUGGCACAGAUCUUCACUGCACAUGGUUCCUAGACACACAAGACCCAAAGCCGUUGGUGCUGCAGGUGGAUCUACAGCUGGGUGUGGGAGACUCUGUCCGUGUUUACAAUGGAUUGGGAGAACGGGCAGAACGCCUUCUAGAGAGUCUCUCUCACCAUAAUAACCACAGACGAGCCCUGCUGGAGUCGUCCCAGGGACAGAUGAGCAUCUUCUACCACGCCAAACCACACAGCCCUGGACACGGAUUCAACGCCACCUACCAGGUCUCUCAUUCUUGGGGUCGACUGGGUCAGAGUAGUUGUGAGAACGAUGAAUAUUUAUGUGGAAAUGGUAAGUGCAUUCCACGUUCCUGGCGCUGUAACGGAUUGGAUGAGUGUGGAGACAAUACAGACGAAAGGAGCUGUGCUGCCCAACCAACACCUGCCCGGGUCAGUCUGUGUCCGCCUGGUACCUUGCAGUGCUCUGAUAUCCAAUCUACCCGCUGUCUGCCGGUGUCUCUGCGCUGUAAUGGAGCCCGGGACUGUCCUGACGGAUCCGACGAGGCCCACUGUCCCGACACGUCCUGUGGAAAACGCUUAGUCAACUUCUAUGGGACGUUUGCCUCACCUGAUUUUUUCCGUCCAAAUAGGAGCGCUGGCACAGAUCUUCACUGCACAUGGUUCCUAGACACACAAGACCCAAAGCCGUUGGUGCUGCAGGUGGAUCUACAGCUGGGUGUGGGAGACUCUGUCCGUGUUUACAAUGGAUUGGGAGAACGUGCAGAACGCCUUCUAGAGAGUCUCUCUCACCAUAAUAACCACAGACGAGCCCUGCUGGAGUCGUCCCAGGGACAGAUGAGCAUCUUCUACCACGCCAAACCACACAGCCCUGGACACGGAUUCAACGCCACCUACCAGGUUAAAGGGUACUGCUUUCCAGGUGAGCAUCCAUGUGGCACAGACGAGGGCUGUUACUCUGAGCUGCAGCGCUGUGAUGGCUACUGGCACUGCCCUGGGGGGCGAGAUGAGGAGGACUGCCCGCUGUGUCAGCCGGGAGAGUAUCCCUGCGAGGGUGGCAGUGGGGCGUGUUACUCAGCCUCCGAGAGGUGUAACAACCAGAAGAAGUGCCCCAACGGCUCAGAUGAGAAAAACUGCUUUGACUGCCAGCCUGGAAACUUCCACUGUGGAACCAACCUGUGCAUCUUUGAGACGUGGCGUUGCGAUGGGCAGGAAGACUGUCUCGACGGCAGUGAUGAAAGAGACUGUCUUGCAUCCGUGCCCAGGAAGGUGAUCACAGCGGCUCUGAUUGGCAGCUUGGUCUGUGGGCUGCUUCUGGUCAUUGCACUGGGUUGUGCCUUUAAACUCUACUCGCUCAGGACAAGAGAGUACAGAGCUUUUGAAACCCAGAUGACUCGACUAGACGUGGAGUUUGUUCAGAGGGAGGCUCCACCCUCUUAUGGUCAACUGAUAGCUCAAGGUCUCAUACCUCCAGUUGAUGACUUCCCAGUGUACAACCCAACCCAGGCAUCUGUUCUGCAGAAUCUCCGCUCAGCUAUGCGGAGGCAGAUUCGUCGUCACUCUUCUCGUCGUUCCUCGUCACGGCGGCGAUUAGGUCGUCUGUGGAAUCGCCUGUUCCAUCGUGGCUCUCGGUUACGGGGUCAGAUACCUCUCCUCACGCCUCCAGGCCACACGCACACAAAUACACACCCCGAUCUGAGCCUCCACAGCUACAACACAACGGACGAUGGCAUCGAGGAGUCAAGUGAGAGUGCGGGACACACUCCACCAUCCUGUUCGACGGUGGCGCUGGGACUGGCCCUGCAGGCUCACACUGAGGCCCUCUGCCUUCCUGACAGAGAGUCUCCAUCCUCUCCUCUCUCCCUGCCCUCCCCCAACUCACCCCGCUCCACCUCUGACACCCUGGAGGACGAAGAUGAUGAAGAUGACAGAAGUUUAGAGGGGAUCAGAAUGAGAUCCAAACAGGGCAUUUCCCCGAAACAUAAAGAUGACAGUCCUCCUGGACCCCCCGAUAGCCCCAAACGCAGCACAAGCCUGUCGAGAUCCUCCAGACGGCUGGUGCAGGAACUGGCUGCAGAGCUCAGAGGAGUCUCAUUCUUAAGGUACACCUCUAUGGGCAUCUCGCCACUUUCCUCCCCUGAGCCACCGACGUCCUCCAGCGGUCAGUCUGAAGAGCAGAGAAGCUUUCCUGCAUUCAGAAAACCACAUAUGGACGCACACACAGAUGCUCCUGGACACGCCAGGAAACCUUCAGUAACAGAAGAGGUUCCCGGUGACAGUGUCAGGCUUUGCAGACUCGCAACUAGUGAGGAAGAGGAUGAGGAGAUUUUGUUAGUGCACUGAAUAGCCUUUAUCACCAUCCCUGUUCUGAUUUUGUGCCAACACAGUGAGCCUUAAAAGGUUCAACCAACGGCCUUCCAUUCAGAGUCAUAAAGUACAGUACGUUUCCAUGCCCAGUUAUAAUCAAAUUUUUUGCGUUGUCAAGCUACAAUCUUUAUCUAAGAAUGCAUAAUGAAAUGUGUACAGAUAUUUGAAGGAUUAAAUACCCAAGGCCAAUUGCAGUCUGAUUAAAGAGAUAGUUCACCCAAAAAUUUUAUUGUCAUUAA